AUGAAGGCCAUCCGCCGCUCGCUCAAGGGCGACAAAGACCCCCGGCCCCAGCAGCUCCCGCACCACCAGCACCACGCCUCGCUGCCCACCAAGUCGGCCGUCGCCAUCCUGCCGCCCAAGAAAGUCAUCCGCGCUCUCUACGAUUACGCUCCCGAUCCCGCCAACCCGCACGAGCUCGCCUUCAACAAGGGCGACUUCUUCCAUGUCAUAAGCCGCGAGGAGGACUCCGACUGGUACGAGGCCUGCAACCCGCUCUCCGCCCACCUGCGCGGCCUGGUCCCCGUCUCCUUCUUCGAGGUCCUGGGCAAGACCGAGCGUCUCAGCGCCGACGACGACGACCACCACCACCACCACCACCGCACCCUCCACGACGACCUGCACGAUUCCGGCUUCUCCGACCGCACCGCCGACCCGGCCUCCUCCACCAACACUACCAAGCAGGGCGCCCAGAGGAUGUCGUCCAUCGGCAAGACCUCCGGCGCCAUGGUCUACGGCGUCGUGCAGUAUGACUUCCACGCCGAACGCCCCGACGAGCUCGAGGCCCGCGCCGGCGAGGCCAUCAUCGUCAUCGCCCAGUCCAACCCCGAGUGGUUCGUUGCGAAGCCCAUCGGCCGCCUCGGCGGGCCCGGCCUCAUCCCCGUCUCCUUCAUCGAGGUGCGCGACAUGACUACCGGCCAGCCCGUCGCCGACCCGCACGACGCCGUCAAGCGCGCCGGCGUGCCCCGCGUCGAGGAGUGGAAGAAGAUGACCGCCGAGUACAAGAAUAGUUCCAUCACCCUGGGCAAGUUCGAGGGCGGAGGCGUGCAGUCUGCCACCUCUGAGAUCGAGCGAAUGUCGCUGAACAACAGCGGCCAUCAAAACAGCAACGAUUAUUAUCACCAACGUAGCAUGAGCAAAGGCCAGAAUCAGAGAUAUCCCUCCGGCCAACAACAUCUACCCCCCCAACAACGACAGCAGGGCUACUACUCCGUUCCCGCCCCGAUCAAGGCCUCCAUCCCCCGUUACUGCUUCGAUAAUGACAAGUACUGGUAUAUCAUCGAGGCCCAGAUGGAAGACGGGCGAUGGUGGGAACUUGCCCGAUAUUACCACGACUUCUACGACUUCCAAAUCGCCCUGCUCGCCCAAUUCGAAGAAGAAGCCGGCAACAAAGGCAGCCCCCGCACGCUGCCCUUCAUGCCCGGCCCCGUCACGCAUGUGACCAACGCCAUCUCCAAUGGCCGUCGCCAGAACCUGGACGAAUACAUCAAGAAACUCUUAUCCAUGCCCCCACACAUCUCGCGUUGCCAACUCGUCCGGCAGCUCUUCGCCCCACGUGCGGGCGACUUCGAAAUCGAUCCCAACGCCGUGGCCGACGACUACCGCCUCUCCACCGGCUCACAGCUCUCGUCCGGCCACGACCUCUCCCCCAGCGCCUCCCGCCAGUCUUCGCAGGGCCAGAUGAACUCCGCUACCACCGCCGUCUACCCCCACCACCAGCGCAGCCAGGGCUCCGUGUCGCAGUCCAGCAUGACCCGCGGCGACUUCCCGCCGCCGAAAAUGAUGCGCCAGGGCAGCGCGCUCACGCAGUCGUCGGUAUCAUCAAACAACAACAACCCUGCCGCUGGCGCCAACGCGGUCAAGAUCAAAGUCGUGUUCCGCGACGAUUUGAUCGUGGUGCGCGUGCCGGCGGACAUUGCGCUCGCGCAGCUCAAGGAGAAGAUCCGCGACCGCCUAAAAGUCGACGAGGACGUGAUGCUGCGGUACAAGGACGAGCCGUCGCGCGGGUUCGUCGAGCUGCUGGGCGAUGCCGACCUGGACGUGGCGAUGCAGCGCAAUCAGAAGCUGAUGGUGUAUGUUGGGCUGAUGUGA